CCGGCAAACGUCAGAUCCAUUUAGGCCUAUAGAUGACUUCUCAUUUCUAUUUUUGGCUCUUAGCCUGACUACUUAUCAUGUUUUCCAGGAUGUAAGGGACAAAUCAGGGCUUCGCGCUAUACAUGCAUGACAACGGCAAGGACGCUAACGAACUAUUGUAGACAGACGGGUUGCCUGCCACAAUGUUACCAAUGGGCAGAUUCGAUUAUGCUGAACCGCGGGGCAUCGGGCAUAACCCCGUCACGUCAUUGGGCGAAAGCGGGGAGGGAGGUGCUCUCUACUCGAAUUGAAUAGUAAUCUGCACCAGUCGGUCAUUUUGGCAACAAGGCAUCGUCCACAAACAUGAAAAUAUUAUCCAUAAAAUGUUAGAAUUUUCUAACGUGUUCAUUGGGAUGGCAUGCACAUAACACGUUUUUAUCAAAAGCAAUAUUUUUUUCCAUGAGUAAACACAGAAUCCUAGUUAUUAGCUACUAUAAGUGCUGAAUUAGGUCUACGUUAAUUUUGUUUUGAGACGAUUUCGCCCUGGCCUUUGAACGGGGCACCUGGUUCACGCCCGGGAGGCAGCCCGGUUCCAAAUCGAAUGCAAUGAACUUUCAGCCGAAGCGAAACACGCCUACACAGGCGCCCGGACGGGAUGAAUCGAACCCCUCAAUGUUCCGGUAUAGCGGACACGUCUGGGAUUUCCGAGAUUACCCACGACCCAACCCAAACAGGAAGUGUAAACACUUCUCACGUAACAGCAGCGCAUGUGAUAGCCCUUCUCUUCGACUCCUCAGCAUUCACCACUUGGGACUCUGAUACUGUUUUGCUCAGUUGGUUGGUGUGUGCACCAGAAUACUCGAGGCCAUGGACUCGAUCAGUUGUUCGAUCUGCCUGGAUCUACUGAAGGAUCCAGUGACUAUUCCCUGUGGACACAGCUACUGUAAAGGCUGUAUCAAGGGAUAUUGGAGUCUUGAUGACCAAAAGGGAAUUCACAGCUGCCCCCAGUGCCGACAGACCUUCACCCCAAGACCUGCUCUGAACAGAAACAUUCUGCUGGCUGAGUUGGUAGAGAAAUUGAAGACAGAUUUCAAAACGGUUCCCUCUGCUUCUUGUUUCUCUGGACCUGAAGAUGUGAAAUGUGAUCGUGAUGACUCAGCCGCAGAGAGGACGGAGAAACAGGGGCAGCUGAGGGAGAAACGGCAGCAAGUCGGGCUGAGAAUCUGUGUGAGAGAGAAGGAGAUGCAGGACAUAAGACAGGCGGUGAUGUCCCUUUCACUUUCAGCACAGGCAGCAGUGGAGCACUGUGAGCUGGUCUUUGCUGAGCUGAUCCGCUCCAUUGAGAGAAGGCGCUGUGAGGUGAAGGAGCUGAUCAGUGCCCACCAGAGGGCGUCAGUAAGCCAGGCUGAAGGACUCCUGGUGCGAAUGGAGCAGGAGAUAGCUGAGCUGAAGAGGAGAGACAAGGAGCUGGAGCAGCUCGCACAAACAGAGGAUAACAUUCAUUUCCUCAAGACUUUCCAGUCUCUUUGUGUGGCUCCUGGAUCUGAGCUCUUACCCUAUAUCACUGCCAACCAGCACUUCUCCUUUGAAGAAGUGAAGAGCUCCAUCUCUGGAAUGAUGGAGCGACUGGAGGAUGUAUUGAAGGAGGAAAUGGUCCAGAUACCUGGAAAAGUAACGGCUGUCUCCGAAGUCUAUGUCCUCAGCCCAAGACCAGAAUUAAUGGCUGCUGCUGAAGUACAUUUCCAUCAUGAGCCCAAGACCAGAGUGGAGUUCUUGGAGAACUACUGCCAUCUCACGUUGGAUCCCAACUCAGCGUAUCAACACCUGCGUCUGUCUGAGUGCAAUAGAGAAGUGUCAUGGAGUGACAAGGCUCUGUCUUAUUCUGACCACCCAGACAGAUUCACAGACCACUACCAGGUGUUGUGUAAAGAGGAUCUGUCUGGAACCCGCUACUGUGAGGUGGAUAGGAGGGGGGAGUGUGAGGUAGCCAUCACAUACAGAAGCAUCAGCAGGAAGGGCGGAUUGGAAUGUUGCUUUGGUUCCAAUGAUCAGUCCUGGAGUUUGGUGUGUCGCAACUCGAGUUGUUCCUAUUGGCACAAUAAGAAUAGGACUGAUAUCCCUGUCCCCUGCUCCACCAGAGUAGGAGUGUAUCUGGACAGCAGGGCAGGGACUCUGGCCUUCUACAGCGUCUCAGAUACAAUGACCCUCCUCCACAGAGUCCAGACCACAUUCACUGAGGACCUCUGUGCUGGGUUUUGGGUUGGUCCUGGUUGUGGAUCAUCUGUGGCUCUGUGUUGACUGAACGUCAUAGAAUCAAGUGUAUUUCAAGUCAAAUUGUAUUCGUCAAAUGCGCCGAAUACAACAGGUGUAGGCUUUACCGUGCUUACUUACGAGCCCUUUCCCAACAAAACGGAGUUAAACAGUAGGGGGAAAAAUUAAGGAAACAGUAACACAAUAAAAUGACGAGGCUAUAUACAAGUUGUACCUGUACUGACUCAAUGUGCAGGGGUACGAGGUAAUAUGUACAUGUAGGUAAGGGUAAAAGUGACUAGGCAAUCAGGAUGGAUAAUAAACAGAGUAGCAGCAGUGUAUGCGAAGAGUGUGAACGUGUGUCUGUGUCAGUGUAGUAUGUGUGAGUGUAUAGAGCCAGUGCUCUAUGCACAAGGGGGUCAAUGAAAAUAGUCCGGGUAGACAUUUGAUUAAUUGUUCAGUGGUCCUAUGGCUUCGGGGUAGAAGCUGUUCAGGUGCCCUUUGGUCUCAGACUUGGCACCCCUGUACCUCUUGUUGUGUGGUAGCAGAGAGAACAGUCUAUGACAUGGGUGGCUGGAGUCUUUGAAAAAUGUUUAGGGCCUUCCUCUGACACCGCCUGGUAUAGAGGUCCUGGAUGGCAGGGAGCUUGGCCCCAGUGACAAAUAGGAAGGAAAUAUAAGACCGAUCACUUGGGAAAGUUGGAGAAAGUUGAUUUGCUUAAAAUCGUGACCUGGAUGAAGGGAGUUGACACUUAAUUUAGGAGUCCUGCUGCGAAGCCGCUCUUUAUCUACAAUGUUUGAUUCCAGCUCUACUAAUGGGGGAGGCGUGGGGCCAUUGUUUUAAAGAUUACAAUAAUAAAUUAAAUAAAUCAUUUCUGUUUGUAGUAUCAUUUCUAACUUGAUAAAAUAAAGAACAAAACGAAGUUCCUGAGAGGGGGGGGUUAGAGUUAGUAUUGGGGAGUUGUUGUUUUGUUACGUGAGAAUAAACAGGAGAUGGAAUUUGGGUGAUUGAUGUGGUGGAACAGCUCUAGAUCCACUUACACUGUUGUGGUGCUUCCCCUUGACCUUGUUCCAUCCUCUGUGUUUUUGUCUGGGUUUGGUUCAGUCAAUGAAUCAAAUGUAUUUAUAAAGCCCUUUUUACAUCAGCAGAUGUCACAAAGUGCUGUACAGAAACCCAGCCUAAAACCCCUAACAACAAGCAAUGCAGAUGUAGAAGCACCUUGAUCUUGUCAAUUGACUCUCUUUUUAAAUGACAUGGAAUGCUUUUUGAUAAAGGACAGGAUUUAGUUAGACUUUUUACUGAGAAUAAUACAUUUUAAUUUCUUACACCUCUGACCUGGAGGAAAAUAAAAUGCAUCCCAACUUGCAACCUGCCUAUUUAAAACAAAACAUAUAUUUUAUUUUAUCCAAUUGAGUAAUGUUGACAUUUGUGACCAUUUAACCAUGUACA